GUUCAACCUAAGCAACGUAAAGAUUGGACGAGUCGUACUAAUCAAUGAGGAUACGUGCAACUUAUACUGGUUGGAGAUGACCAUUCAGGAUCUGAAGACAAGCUUAAGGAAGCAAGAGCGUGAUUAUACUGUUGCACAGAAGGAGAUCGUUAACCUCCAGAAAGAGGUGGCUGUUCUCUUAAAAGAAUGUCGAGAUGUUCAGUUGCGUUGCAGAUCAGUUUCUCGUUAUCACGAUGAUGAGAUGGUUGGUGGUCCCACUGUACUGUCGCUUUCUUCAUCCGGUUCUGAAGAUAUAAUAUCUGAACGGCUGGUAAAUG